AAGAAGAACUCAAAACGGUUCUGAUGCUCCGCGGAGCCUGUAGUGUCUGUGGGUCCGGCCCCGUGUUUCCGUGGAUUCCGAGGCCGAAAUGGAGCGCAGCAAGGCGGCUGGAAGUGUGGAGGUGAGGCGGGUGAUCGGAGCUCUCUGCCGGCUGCUGGCGGGGCUCGGUGUGGAUCCUGUCCCCGCGCCGGACGCUUUCCGACGGGCCAAGUUUGGAGGAGGACCCGAGGAUUCCUUCUGGCUGCUGCUCUCCAACAUCCUUCAGAGGUCAGGGGUCAUUUCCUCUGAGACCAUCUGCCAGUCGACGGGAGGGAGCAGGGAGCUGGUGGCGGUGGGCCUUUGGCAGAGCGGUUACCAUGGCGACUUGACAUCGGGAGGGUCCAGUGGCUCCGGUUCCGACCCGCUGCUGGCGCUGGGCUGGCUGCUGGCCCAGGGGGUUCUGGAGAAGCUGCUGGCGGGUCAGGUCGCCGAGCUGGACCGCACGCUGUUGGACACCGGCCCGGCAACGACCAGAACCAGAACUUUAAAACCCGCCGGGCCGGACAGCGUCUCGCUGAGGACGCUGCAGUGGCUGAUGGGACGUCUGAGGCACCAGGGACGGACGCUGCUGUCCACCGCGGGAGGACGGACGCGAGCGCUGCACGACGUACUUUCCACCAGCCAGGUUUGCUCUCCGGCUCCCCCUGCUGGCCAAAGCUCUGCGGCGCUGACAGAGGACAGCGUGUGCAUCCAUCAGCUCUGUGACGUCCUGGAGGCGUACCUGAGUUGGAGACGGGUCGAGGACGUCUUCUGGACCUGGAUGGACAGCGUGGCAGACCGUUGUCACGCCGGUCCCCACGCCGGUCCCCACGCCGGUCCCCACGCCGGUCCCCACGCCGGUCCCCACGCCGCCACAUCCUUAAGGGGACUGGGGAUGUGUCACCAUGGCAACCAGGGGCCUGCCCAGUUGGAGCAGUUGCUGAUGAGAUUGCCCAUCACGCAGGAAACCGAGAGUCUCCAGGGUCAGAGGUCAGAGGACAAUCCGGCCUGCAGGUCUCCUGUCUUCUCUGUUCCCUCCGUCCGUCAGGUGUGGCGUCCCCGGCUGCAGACGGGGGCCCGAGGGCCGCCUGUAGCCCCCCUGGCUUUAGAGCGCCUCCUGCAGGCAGAGCAGCUGCUGCUGCGGCACGAAGCGGCGCGGCGCCUGGCCAACAGGAAGCGGCUGCGGCUGCUGAUGCGGCAGCUGCGGCGGCGGGUCUUCGUCCCGCUGUAGGGGAGGAGCUGUUGAUGGAGAGUGGAGCGGCGUUUGGAUCAGAACCGAUUCCUCUGCUGGUCAGAAACCUCAACGUAUCGAUACGUCAACUGGUCUUCUGGUGCCGUGGCGAUCACCAUGAGAACUGAACUGCAUCCAUUUUGAUGUGAUUCUGAUGUCAAACCCAGAAAACAGGACUUUACUCCAGAAAUGUUCGGUUCUGGUUGGAUUCUGGGAAACUACAACUGACUGCGGGUCACUGCUGGAGAAGUGGGAUCCCAGCAUGACUGUGGAAAGCUGAGUGGAGGGAAGAAGUUUGGUAGAUGGAGGUUCUGAAUGUUUUGAACAGAAAUAAAUAUUUCAACUGGG